UCCCUUCGGUAAAUCGAUCACAGCGAUUGGAUCCAUUACGUUCGAUUGUUGCAGAAGGGAUAGGUGUAUCUCACUCAUUGGCUGAUUCGAACGAGCCGUGCUCUCAUUGGAAACUUCGAGUGCAUCGCAGCAUCUUCUCUGGCUUGCAUCCACGUAGCAACCAACUCGAUUGCACUUUGCAGUCACUUAGCAACAACGUUUCCGCUUGGAUCUUUCUGCUCUGAUUAUCAAGUAAAAACGAAGUUGCACCUUGCAAGUCCAUAUACGAAGAGUUAGGUAAUUAAUCGCAAAACGACCUUAUACAAAUUAAAUCUUAGUUGAAGGUAAGUACCUACGUGUAUUCGUAUUUGUUGUUCCUUUGUGUAUUGUUUUGUUUACUUGUUUACUUGUUUACUUCGAAACUGAGACGCUCCGCGCGAAACUUCCACCGUAAACAUCCACCAUGUUCGGAUUUUCUUCAAAUUUUCCCAUUGUUUUGUUCAUUUUCUAUAUUUUUUGAAUAAAGAGAUUUGAAUAGAACUGAUUCAAUUUUGAUGCAACUUUGUAAAUCUUUUAUUUAGAGAAUAAAAUAGAAAAUUGUGAAAAAACAUGAUACAAAAGCACUUUGCUUGGUCUCAAGAAAUUCUUUUAGAAUAUUUAUUUUUUAACUAUAAAUAAAGAAUAUACACAAAAGUUGAAAAAAAUCGAAAUAUUAGCGUUUUCGAAAAAGCAAUCUCGUUUAUUCUGUAUGAAAACAAAUAUUAGUUGGAUAAAAGCGCGGUAGUGGGAGAAACAAUGGAUUCUCGAUCGACGUACGAAGAGGAAGAGAGACGGCGACAAAGAAGAAAAGAGUGGGUUCUUCAGCAAGAACUCGAAAGAGAACACGAAAAGCGGAAGUUAAGGAUGAUUAAAGCAUAUGAGAGGCAGCGAGCUGAGAAGUUGAAGAUGGAAAGCGAAUCAAGACGAAGCAAGAGCGCUAGUCCACACAGAAGAACUUCCUCGACUGAUAAACGUUCCGAAGAAUCUAAAAUGUCAUCUACAUUGAAAAGUUUCAAAAAUAUAAAUAUUGAUGUAAAAGAAUUACAUCGAAUAAAAGUGAAGAUUGAAAGAACUGCAACAGAUGACUCAAAGCCUGAACUUGAGCCAAAUAUUGACAAGUCUGUUGAUAUAGUUCUUCCAAGAAGAAAAGAUGAAGGAUCUCGUCCAUUAUUUGAUCUAGUAGUUUCACCAAAACAAUCCUUAACAAACAAUGAUAGUGGUGAAACUUCUGGAAGAAGUUCUAACUAUUAUAAUUAUAAUUAUAAUUAUUAUAAUUAUAAUACUAAUACUAAUAAUAGAUACAACAACAGUAGAUACAAUAGAUACAAUAAUAGAUACAAUAAUAACGACACUAGAAUCCAUGGACAUACUAACACUUUACAAACGUAAGAAAUUUUACAUAUAUUUAUUUUAGUUGACAAGCCUUUUACUUUUUUAAUUUAAUUUUUUUUACUUUGUGAAA